CCCGAAUCUGCUGAGAAUUCCUUAUCAACAUUUCAUAAAUUUAACAUUUCGGAAAAUUAAGUUAGUAGGCUGGUAAUUCGGGGGAACGAUAUUUUAAGAAAUCAAAACAUCAUAGAGUUUGUGAUCAAAAUUUUUGUGAUUUGUGUAAGAAGUCAGGUUUAUAUUUAAAACUAAAAUGUCCAAUUCAUCCCCAACGCCGUCUCCAGAAUCUUCUAAGUCGUAUCCUAACUGUGCAAUCUGCCUGGAACCCAUUCGAGGUGAACAAAAAUUCCUACCCUGCUGUCAUCAGUUCCACGAUAGAUGUAUUGAACAUUGGCUGGAUUACAAGGAAACCUGUCCAAUCUGUCGGAUGCCCCAUAAUAUUCCGGAACUUUCAGCUCCAAGACCGCCAUCGGAACGCCUUCGACCGCGCCCAACAAUGGUAGCAACACCUGCCCUGAUCAAUUCCGUGGAUAAUUCUGUUAGGGCAGCAUGGCAUCUGAUGAUAGAAGAAGGAGCCCUUCAUCCCCACCUUGGAUUCACAAAUGAUACUGAAAUCGUUGAAACGUUAGCCGUUUCACGGAGAUCUCGACGUGUUGCAGCCCAACGAAGGCAAUCUGGAGCAGCUCGAGAACCUACGAGACGAGUUCGGACUCAGGUGCUUUUCCGGCGGCUUCGAAGGACAAGGACGACAUCCAGAAGGAACUUCAACUGCAGUGAGCAAAACUGAACUCAUAAAUGCAAAAAUAAGUACUCAUAUUUAAG